AUGGCCCAGAUGCAAGUGCCAGACCACACGCCGAAGGUCAAUGCAUUCAGGAACUACUGCAUGCAAGUGGUGGACCAGCUUUGCCAUGAGUUUGAGCGAGAGGUGAGCCAGAUGACGCAGGACAUUGUGAGAUACCGCGGAGAACUGGCUCGUUGUGCUGAUUUGCUGGCCUUCCAACUUGGAAAGGAGAAGCAAUAUCACAAUAUGCUUGAAAAUAUUGCUGGGAACUCGUCCACACUGGUUGGUAAGGCUGCGGAGGUGGGGCAGAAGCAUUCUGCGAAUGAGGGCGUCAAGAUGCAAAUGCACCAAAUGUUGGAGCAGAUGUUUGAAGGUGGCAAGGGCGUGUAUGCUGAAGGUUUUGGAACCCUGGACGAACACCGUCAAAUUGCUGAGACCCAUCUGCAGACGUCUGCAGAGCUUCAGAACCAAUCAGCUGCCAUCCAGAAGGAGUUGGAAAACAUUUUGCAAGCUCUUCAAAUCCCUCCCGUCUCCUACAGCAACGCGCCGGCGAUCAUGGGGCCAUCGCAGGCUGUGCCCGUUGGAUCCUUCCGCGCCCCCCAGGCGCUCUACGGGCGCCCCGUGGGGUCGCCUGGUGCGUUGCCUGCGCCGCCGGGGCCAGGGAUGAUCCACGCCGCGCCGAUUGCCACGGUGCCGACGGUGCCGGGCAUGGUCAGCCCCAAGGCCUUGGCGGGGCCGCGGUCGCUGCCGGGAUCGCCUGCGUUCAGUCCACCUGGCGGAACCGGGGGCUUCAGCACACCAGUCAACACGGCCACAGCGCUUCAACGAGCUGCAAAGUUGCAGGGAAAUCCCUCACAGCUCAGGCCUGUUUUGGAAAUGCGCUGGCCUCAGCCGACCGACAUGGGAUCAAAUGCAGCAAUUUUGUUGACAGGCUACAAUCACUGGAGCAACUUCACCCAGAACCCCUCUGGAGAAGUGGCACAGGCUCUCAAUGGCACAGUGGUAGAGGAUUUGCUGGUUCACAGCAUCCGAAUCAAUGUCAGUGAAGAGGGAGUGCUGUUUGCUGAGUCGCUGGUGCGAUCCGGUGCCGGUGAUGGUUCCCCCUGGGAUGCAGUGGUGCACUUAGGUUUUGAAGAUGAAGCGAAAGGGUUGAAGUUGGAGACCAUGGCUUUCAACCUGCGUGCGUCGUCGACUCACCCGGUGGUUCCGGAGGGGCCUCAUCUUCUUCCAACUACCGGCGAUUUGGGUGCUGUGGCUUUGAACACACACAACCCACACGAACUCUGGAGCCGAAAUGCAGGGAGCUUCUUCUGCAACGAAAUCUACUACCGCAGCCUGUUCUUCAUUCGCCAACAGAAGCGAAAGCGCUGUAGAGGUGCCUUGGUCCCGUGCCUUUUCAUUCAUGUCCCACCUCUGCACUUGAUGCCACUCCCGGAGUCCAGCCUUUUUGUGAAGACACUGCUGGGCGACUUGAUCCGCGUGGAACAUCUUUUGACAACAGUCGCCUGCACCAGACUUCGCAGCCAAUGUGCUGCCGUUCUCUCUGCGCCAAUGAAGCGCUCAAAGGGAAAGAAAGAGGAAAAGAAGAACCAGGCCAAACUGCAGCUGGGGUUGACCAGGUCCUCGAUCGCGGCCUAUCCUCCAGAUGCCAACAAGAAUCAAGACCAACCUCAAAGUCUUGCCCUCAGCGACCUUUGGUGCUUUGGUGUGAAUCCCUCCGACACCGUGAUGAACCUUCUUGAGACCUAUCGACCUGAGUGGUGCACCAAGCAAUCUGAUUCAUGCUCAUCCAGAAAAGCGUUCUUGCGUUUUGCGGUUUUGGCCCUUGUAGCCUGGACCAGAGCUCCUGGACAAUUGGACAGGAUGCUGAAGCGUCAACCACAUGGCAAGAAGCAUUCAUUGCCAGUUGCGGCGCAAAGCAACAUGUACCGCGGCCUGAAGCAAGCAGACAUGCACCUUCCUGGCAUGAUUAGUGUGCUUACCUGGAACUCCGGAGGGCUGUCCAUUGCCAAACUUGAUGAGGUGAAGGAUGACAUCCGUUGGCUGCCAGUGAUAACAGGACGCCUCUUGCACAUCCAGGGUGCCUCUUGCUCCCGCAUAGAUUACCUGAUCACCAGGAUGCAACAUGCAGAUGGCCUAGCCAAAAGCACCAAGUAUGCCUGGAAUGCACCUUUCUGUGAGUCCUCUGGACACGUGCCAUUGAUCAGCACAAUCCGUAAGCAAUGGUUUCCAGCCGCUCCAGUAUCACAUGCCAAGACCAUUGGCAAAGCUCAGCGCCAGCUGGGACAUCGGGCCUAUAAACUUCAAACGCCAGAGUGGGUUGCCUUCACUCAAGAUGCUGGAAUGUUGCAAAAAUUGAAACGUGCCUCACAGCGCCACGCCAAACAGGAAGCGGCUUUGCUGAAGCGUUUUGUCAGUGACACAUGGCAUGGACCUGCUACCUUUCCUGUAUCCCCUUGCCCUGACUUAGAACCUAUCGGUAAGGCCGUGGUAGGUUUGCUUGCGUCCAGGGCCCUGAAUGAGGCCUUUGUGGACCUGGCCCAGUCAACUCCCUUCACCCGAUGCCAUGCCUUGCCCCGUCACAGAAUUGCUGGUGGCAUUAGCAUUUUCUUAGACAUUGAAAGGGCUUUUGACCAGGUUGAUAGGGCCAAACUUUUUGCAAAACUUGCGUCUCUUGGAGUGAACCCCAAAAUCGUUCAAUUGCUUUCCUUGUGGCAUCAAGAAACAAGUUACAGCCUGCUUUGCAACGGAGUUGAGGAACCCAUCAGGGUAGGAAAGGGCCUGAGACAAGGAUGUAAGGCGGCACCUUUUCUCUGGUGCUGCCAGAUCCAUGCGUUUUUAGUUGAACUUGCACGCAAGACCACCGUUCAUUGGGUGCACAAGUGCGUCAAUUUUUAUGCGGACGAUGGACAGAUGGGAGACACCUUUGCAUCAAUGGAUACCAUGCAACAACUGUUGCACAACUUGUGCAUCACUUUUGAGUUGAUGGAAGAGUUUGGAUUGAAGAUUAACUCACACAAGUGCGUUGCUUUGUUUUCCAUCACGGGUAGCUCCUGUCGACAGUUGCGCAACUCCUUGCUAUGCCGACAUCAGGGCACUGACUGCUUGAAAAUCAGUGCAGAAGGCCAUCAGACUUUUCGGUUUCCAGUUGCAACGCAAGCCAAAUACCUUGGCGCCAUCAUGUCCCAUGCCAAAUUUGAAGACAGCACCACACUGCAUCGCAUUCAGCUUUCCAAAAUUGCCUUUAGCCGCCUGCGUCGCUGGCUCAUAGGUUCACGAGGCCUGACAACACGUCAACAGUUGAAAUUGUGGUCCACUUGUGUGUAUCCUGUACUCAGCUAUGGCCUGUGUGCUAUUGGACUCACCAGCACGGGUCUCCAGCGCAUCCAGCAACACAUGUACACGACCAUUAGGCAGAUCCUGAAAGACCAUGCAUACCUUACAGGUCCGGAAGUGCCCUCGACCCUUGCUGCACUGGAGGUUCUUUGUGCUGGUCCAGUUGAGUGCUGGGCUGAUCCACGCCGCGCACUUCAACCUGACCCUGCAUUGCCCUCGACGAUGUUUGCGCCAAAGCUUGAGGCACCAGUGCGUGGACAGACCCUUUUGACUGACUCAGACCUGCAAAAUGUGAAAAGCCAGACAUGGGGCACUCGAGUGCUCACCAUAGUUGGCUCUCGCAACUGGCAUCAUAUGAAGAAAGAACAGGAAGCCUGCCACUAUUUGGCCAAACGCUGCUGCAUUUGUGACCAUUUCUUUGGCAGGGCACAAGAGCUUCACCAGCACAUCCAGACGAUGCACCCGGAGUUCUGGCCACACACCAUGAGCAAGGGCAAGCUCCUCACCAGUUUAUACGGUGAGGAGCCGCCAUGCCCAUUUUGCGGUGAGGUUUUCAGAAACUGUCAUCAAUGCACAGUGUGGACUCAAUUAGCACUCCUAUUGGUGAACGGCGGCGGCUGUGCGACCAACAAUGAGGAGACGGCCAUCACCAUCAGAACUUGUGACAUUUGCAAUGAGACCUUCUCUACACCAGAGCUGCUCAAUGCCCAUCUUGUGCAGGAUCAUCGGCUCACCAGCUCCAGCUUCAACCCCGCCAGGGUUGUGGCCGUACGUGACAUUUGGAAACAAGCACUAUGCUCUGGACGGCUGGCAGACGUUUUGCGUGAUCCACACAACAGACUCCAGCUGACCCUUCGGUGCCAACACUGUGCUCUCCGUUUCCAAAGAGCCACAGACAUGUCAGGACACUUGAUUUCUGCUCAUUCACAAUUGUGGUCAGCAGCUCAGGGUCUCACGCAGAUUUUUGUCGCAUUACUGUAUGGGCAGACUGGUUGCCUAUGCAACCCAAGCGUCACACAGGCACGUGCCUAUCAUGUGUGUGUGCCCCUGCGCCAAUUAUCAAUGUUGUUCCUGCGACUCAAUGAUGUGAUCCUGUUUCCACAUGCACCAACUGACGUUGAGCUGGCCACCAUGAUGUCACAGAAGCUUGACCGCUCCUCUCGAUUCAUGUUGGAAAGACUUUUGACAGAGCAGCACCUCUCCCAACUUUGGACAAGUGAAGAUGUGCUGACGUUGCUGAGGAGCACCUGCCUACUGUGUGGAGACAAACUUGGGGCCGCCGACCUGCUGCCAUUUUGCUGGCCAAAGCGGCCCAUGGCAGACAUGGACAUGGGAACGUUUGCGGAAGCUGGAGAACAGAUCCUAGCGGCCUUCCAACAUUUGACUCCAAUGUUGGACACCAGCCUGAAACUGUCGCAGAAUGGACCACCAAAGCGCCAAAGAAAAGGAAGCAAGCCACAGGGAAAUCUCGAGACACCCGACCAAGACAUGGAGACCAAGAGCAAGGUCAACCUAGCCAGCGCCAUGUCCCUCAUGGCCAAGCUGGCUAUUCAACUCGACCGAGAGAUGCAGCUGAUGAAGAAAGAGGACACUUACAUUUUCUUUUUCGUCAACAAAGAGAACGAGGGCAGCCUGCCUUUGCUGGUUCAAACGACCGAGGAAUGGAUGCUGGAGACCAAAGCUCUCCGGGAGAAAACACCAUCACAGCCGUCACAACCGCUGCGACAGCGACUGGCCAUGGUUCUCUUUCAGACCCUGCUCACCAGGAUCAAUCAGCUGGGGGAAGCACAGGAGAACUCCGACAUCAUGAAGGCGGCCAUUCACAACAAGGUGCUGCUGCCAGAUCAGACGUGCCCCUACUUGGAGUGGAAUCACGAUCUGAAAGCCUUGCAGGUGAGCCAGAAACAGCCGCUCACCCUGAAACGGCUGCUCUUCCUUUGCAAGGACAUGUUGGAGGCCCUUCAGGAUCCCACACUUGUGAUGCGAUUUCAUGCCCUGCCGAGCACACCACAGUCAGCGGCCUGCCCCUGGAAGAUGCAGAUCAGCCUGAGAGCAGACCAGCCCUGGCAAGUGCUACAGGAGAUGUCCCACUCAGCCAUUUGGCUCCUGGUCGGAUGCAAUUUGAAGCAACACAGCCUCCAACAGAGCCCUUUGGCGUUCAAUUUGCAGCGCACCCUCCAACUCCCGAGCCAGACUCAUGGCAAGGGCAAGGGCAAGAGCAAGGGCAAACCGCAGAAGGGGGUCAAAGUAGCACCAUGCCUGUGGACACAACAGGAUUCUGCUGAGUUCGUUUCUCACUGGCUGCUCCAGAUGGGGUGCUCAGCCUUUGACAUGAGCUGGGAACGCCGGUAUGAACAAAACAGUAGCAUUCAUGUUUGUGACAGCAGUGCCCAACACAUCCCUCUGCACCUGCAAUUUGACUCCACUUAUGCUGACAUGACACAGUGCAGUUUGACACCCUUGUUUCAUCUCUGGCGCCAGGCCAAUGGAAUGGUUGCAGCUUUGGUUGAAUCCCCGGUAUGUCUUUGUGUCCACCUGGACCGCACAUGCACAGAUGCAGAUGGAAAUCUCAAACAAAGUGAAUGCAAAGUGCAAAUCGAUGAUUUUUGUCUUGUGCCCAAAUUUAUUGAUGCCACGCUGCGCACAGAGAUGAUUGAAUACCAGAUCAUUGCACUGACAGCACAUUUGGGUGCGGAUCGGGCUGGACAUUACCGUUCUGCACUCAGAAUUGCUCCAUCCCUGCCUUCCCAGACGCGGCCUGCUGAAUGGUUGCUCACAGAAGAUUGGAAAAGACCUGAACCGGUCUGGCAUUUACCAAACUGGUUGCGUCGUUGUGCAACACUUUAUUGGCUGAUCAGAUCGGAUUGCAUUCAUUUGCUGCGCUACACCAAUCCAUGCGACCUUGGGCAAGACCAGACGGCACAGAUCCUUGCUUUGCUGCCAUUGCCACCAGCAGAGCGCGAUCAAGACCAUGCAGAAACUUGAGAUGGCUACCUUUUGCAUAUUUUCCAACAUGGUUCCAAAUGAAGGCACCAUUUACAUUUCUUCGUCUGAG